AUGAAAUCGAACUACCCCAUCUUCCUCUCUCCUGCCAGUCUCCGACUACGCCAGCGGAACCACAACGCCCUGCCUGGACUCUACUAUCCUCGCCGGCUCCUCUUGCAUCUCGCCCCACUUCUGGUAUUUCUUUCGCUGGCUUCGACUCUUUCGACUAGGUGCGCCGCGGUUUCGAGUUCAGCCACGAUAGACCAGCCUUCUACCUGCCACCAACGUCUCGCCGCCAUCAUCAUCCCCACGAAUCCGUCUUCAGCAUCGCGUCCAUCUCGUCCUAUGGCUACGCUAUCCACAACGGCGCGCCGGAUCCAUUCGACUACGGAUUGCCUCUCCAUGUCGAUGACAGUUGAAGAUACGUUCGAGUUCAUGCACAAUCGGCCUACUCGUCGCCGUGUCGAGAGCGAUGCCUCAAGCUUCUACUUCCAUGCGCCGGCAUCUCAGCAAAAUGGAGGUUGCGGCCACCGUCGUCAACAGUCGAACAUGUCGGUAUCCUCUCUCGCUCCACCCAUCGGCCUCUAUAACCGUAGCUUCGGCCACCAUCGACGCAACGACUCCUCUGCGAGUACCAACUCCGUCGCCGUCUCCUUCCCAAAGCACGGCACAAACCCCGGAGUUCCAGCUUAG